GUUUGUUGGUGUGAACUCGGACCGCAAACAGUAAAACAUGUCCGCGGAGAGUGAGCUGUGAGUCGGGCUGACAGCAAGAGGAGGAGUGUCGCUGCAUACUUCAGCCAGCUGAAGGUGUUUGGAGGUCGAAAAGAGAUGGACUCACUGAAGAAGGAGCUGGAAGAAGAGCUGAAGCUUAGCACUGACGACCCAAGGAGCCACGCGUGGUACCACGGACCGCUGAACCGAGAGGCUGCCGAGUCUCUGCUGGAGAGGGAUGGGGACUUUCUGGUCCGAGAAUCGAGCUCCUCCGCUGGCGACUAUGUUUUGACCUGCUUUUGGAAGAAUAGCCCCAUGCACUUUAAAGUCAUACGAGUGGUCCUCCGACCAAAAAAGGGCUACUCUCGGGAGCUGUUCCAGUUUGAGGAGGAUCGCUUUGAGAGCGUUCCCGCUCUCAUUCGUUUCCACGUGGGCGGGCGUCGGCCCAUCUCCCAGGGUUCGGGCGCUGUCAUCUUUCACCCAAUCACACGGACCCUUCCUCUGCGUGUCAUCACCGAGCGACAGGCCACGUCCAAAAGCAGCUGUAAUAAAGUUGCAGGUGGAGAAAAACAGACCGAGCAUAGCAAAAGACGCAGCCUCAGCUCCACACAUGCCGACACACUGGAAGCUGCCAAUCCGCUGCUGAGAAGUGGAAGUCAUCCUGCUAACUUGGAGAACGUGGGACGGAGGCCUUCACUUCAGACUGCACAGUCUGACAGCAACCUACGAACUGGUGUUCCACAGAACCCUCAGUCUGAGGACACUAGCCCUGCCCAAAUUUCCCCAGUGUUUCGGACAGGCAGUGAGCCCCUUCUGAGCCCACAGCCACGACACGCACGACCUUCCCAUCCAGGUGGUGGUGCAACUUUAAGAGGUUCAGAUGGGCAGCUACACCCCAGAGCUCCUCCUAAGCCUCUCAGGGUUUCUACUGUUUUCUCCAAUACUGUACCUCCCCCGCCCAGAGACCAGGAUGAAGACCCUUCUUCUUUCUACAAUGAGCUGGUCAUCCGGGUGCCACAGAGCCGGCGGAAAGGUCAUGUGGAUCAGCUGCGUGCGGAAGAAAAGUGGCAGAGCCGUGCCCGCCUCACAGAGACUUCCUUUGGCUUUUUGGAGGCUGAGAAAAGAGAAGCCUCCUCACAGCUGCUGUUUGACAAACAGUUCCAGAAAAAGGCAGAGAAGGAAGUGGAAGACUGGCACUUUGAACGACCACAUAUGGAGUCACAGUCGUGUUUCCAGUUGGAUCAGUUUGAGUCGCUGCUCUUACCUGAGAAUAACCGACCUCUGGAGAACAGCGUCCUGGUGACGCUGAAAGAGCUCUUUACCCGAUCAGACCCUAAAACCAUGGCUUUGCAUAUGCUCAGCAUUGACUGCCAGGUAGCACGCAUCAUCGGGGUGACCGAUGAGCAGAAGAGGCUAAUGGGAGUUGGCUCAGGGCUGGAGCUUGUCACUCUGCCACAUGGACACCAGUUAAGACAGGAUUUAUUAGAGAGGCAUCAUCUAAUAGCACUGGGAGUCGCAGUGGAUAUCCUGGGCUGCACAGGGAGGGUGGAGCAGAGAGCAUCUGUUUUACACAAAGUAAUCUUAUUGGCUCAGGCCUUGAAAGAGCACACCCACAACCUGUACUCUUUCUCAGCUGUGAUGAAGGCUCUGGAGAUGCCUCAGAUAAUGCGACUGGAGGCGACAUGGAAAGAGCUGAGGAGGGAGUACACAGAGAGCGCAGUUUUAUUUGAGAAGAAUCUCAAACCGUUCAUGAAGUCGCUGAAUGAGGGAGAUGGCUCUGUGGUCCAGGGCCCCAUAGCCUUGCCACAUCUGGUUCCACUGCUGAUGCUAAUGGAGGGUGAGGACCCAGUAGAGGACAGUGAAAGAGGCUGUCAGCUACUCUAUGAUGUCCUCCAAUCUGCUCGCAGCGCUGCGUUGCAUGCCCAUGAUUAUCAGGAGCACGCACACGCUCUGCUCUCAGGAGGCUGGGAGCCAAUCCCCGAACUGCUCGAGGCUUUCCGCACAGAGUUCGCCCUGCGGCUGUUCUGGGGUCAGCUGGGCGCAAGAGCAGAGAGGAAGGAGCGAUACGAGAAGUUUGAUAAGGUUCUUUGUGUCCUCUCAAAAAAACUGGAAUCUAAAGACAACCCGAACCUUUAACCUGAGCCUCAGCCCUCCGUUUCUCUGAACAGAGAGCGAAAUCGGCAGUUUUUUCACUUGAGGAAAACGAGAAAAGUUUUUAGCCGAGCCUCUGUGUGCUGUGGAGGUAAAGGAAGAGACAUCUCAACUGGGAGAUAAAACAGAAAGAGGAAAAAGUGUUUUUUUUUUUUCUGUACUUGCUGAGAAAAGACUGUAUGUCGAGCUCGUCAAACAACAGCUUAACAACUUUCUUUUUCUUUUCUUUUUUUUUUUU